GUCAAAACCAAAACAAAACCCAAAGAAGCAAAGAUGACGGAAGAAUUUGAAGAACACGGCGUGAAAAUCAAUGUCAAGGGCACGGUUCAAGCCCCGAAGAAGAAUGAGGUUAUGUUCAAUUCGGAAAUGAUGGUGAACAGAUCAAUUGUACUUUGUGCUUUGGCUGCUUAUAGUGAAUCUGGAAGAUGCAUAAAUGGUCAGAUAAGGUGCCUAGAUGCACUUGGAGCCACAGGAGUAUCAGGCCUAGCAUGGUCUCGUAAUGUACCAAAGGCAGUGGUUGUGAUCAAUGACCAGUUGCCAGCAGCAACACAGAGAAUAACAGAAAAUGCUGCCUCAAUGGAUUAACAGUUGAAGUUACAACUGAAGAUGUUAG